GCGAUGGGUCGGACAUGACUUCACCACUAACAACAAGAGUGGUAGCUUCUGAUUCUAUUACAAAUGUCGUGGAGCGAAGAGAAACUCACGCACACUUUCAACGGCAUCAGGUUUACGACAAGAUCCUCGCCGGAGCUUUUAAAUUCUUUGGUUUCCUUUGAUGCUAGAGAGGACGAUAUUCUGUUGGUUUCCUACCCCAAAUCUGGAACGCACUGGCUGGCGGAAAUCCUCACACACAUCUAUGCAUCCAAAGUGGCUUUGACUUCUCCAAUUGAAUUUGGAGACCUUUCCAAACUGGAUCAACUGGAUCGCCUUUCCUGCAAAAGGAUCAUUCCGACCCACUUGGACAGCAACCUGCUGCCACCAACAUUCAAAGUCAAGCAUUGCAAGGCCAUUUAUAUAGUCAGAAAUCCAAAGGACAUCGCUGUAUCCAUGUUCCAUUACUAUCAAGAGAAUCCAAAUCUUCCCACCGUCGAUUCCUGGCCGAAUUUCCUGGAGAUGUUCUUAAGAGGAGAUGUGGUCUGCGGAUCCUGGUUUGAUCACGUUUUAAGCUGGGAAAAACACUUGCACGAGAAAAACAUCCUGUUCUUAUUCUAUGAAGACAUGAAAAAGGAUCUCCCCAAGGUGGUGAAGAGAUUAAGUGCCUUCCUAGGACUCAACCCCACUGAGAGCCAGAUCUAUGAAAUCUGCAAAAAGUCUUCCUUCCACGAGAUGAAAACCAAUACAGAAAAGGAAAAUACUGAUCAAAACCACACGGUCUGUGUACUCACUUCCAACCGGAAAUUGAUAUUCCGAAAAGGUACCGUUGGUGACUGGAAGAAUCACUUCACUCCCAAACAGAACCGGCUGUUUGAAGAGACAUUUAAGAAGAAAAUGACAUGCAGCGAAGUGGCAAAACAUCUCGUUUAUGAAUGUUGACUCGGACAUGAACACCUGGAUCAGGAACAUGUUUAAAAGACCAAUAAUCCUUGACAUUGGAUGGACUCGUUUUCUUCCAAAGAGAAAGGGGAGGAAGACACAUGAGGGGCUUGUGAAGAAAUUCUGCUCUUGAAGAUUAAAUUUCUGUUCCAUUUCUGUUCUCCUUAUUUCUUUUUUCCUAUCCCAUCUUUUAUAAUAGGGCUCUCUGACCUUGGCAACUUUAAGUCUGGAGGACUUCAACUCCCAGAAUUCCA